UGUCAGGAUCCUUAAUCCAUUCUGUGAGAACUCGCUGCCAGUGCGUACAGUAGUGAACUGCUGCCUUACUGCUAUUAUUUCAGGCACAAUUAGACGCCUCAUCCGGAAAACAAAAGUUGUGGGUGAUACUUUUUAAGCUUCUAGAAACUCAGCCUCAUUUAGUCUUGAAGAAAUAUUCAAGAAAACAUCAAAAUAUAGUCAUCCAUCAAUUCAUCACUUCAUGGAUCCAAGUGAUCAAAAAGAGCGCAGAGUCGACCGCGAGGACCAGCAGGCGGUGGACGAGAUGAGAGCGAGAUGCUUCUCCCCAGCGCUCGUAACAGCAGCGCCCUGGGAAGGCUUUUGUUUUGCCGGCCACGAGAUCCGCAUCACUGAAGCCGUGGAUUGUUUCGGUGCUGUUGUUUGGCCAUCGGCUCUGGUUCUAUGCUAUUUUCUGGAAACGAAUGCAAAGCAAUACAAUAUAGUGGAUAAAAAUGUAAUUGAAAUUGGAGCUGGGACAGGGCUUGUCUCUAUUGUGGCAACUCUCCUAGGUGCGCGUGUGACUGCCACAGACUUACCUGAAUUACUUGGAAAUCUGCAAUAUAAUAUUUCCCGAAAUACCAAAAUGAAAUGCAAACACCUGCCUCAGGUUAAAGAGCUCUCCUGGGGAGUUGCUCUAGAUACGAACUUCCCCAGAUCUUCAAACAAUUUUGACUACAUCCUGGCAGCGGAUGUGGUCUACGCUCAUCCUUUUCUGGAAGAACUCCUCAUUACCUUUGACCAUCUGUGCAAAGACACUACCAUCAUCCUCUGGGUUAUGCAAUUCAGGUUGGAGAAAGAAAAUAAAUUUGUCGAUAGAUUUAAGGAGUUGUUUGAUCUGGAGGAAAUUUCCAGAUUCCCAAGCCUGAAUAUUAAGUUGUAUAAAGCUAUGAAGAAAAAUCGGAGAAGUGCAUGAUAUCCUCAAGUAAAGAUUUGGACGUGUUAAACUUAUUUGCAAUAGAUUAUUACUUUAAAGAUGAUCCUGAAUAAUCCGAUUAACCAUGUUUUCCCCAGCAAGCAAGCAAACACACACACACACACACACAACACACACACACACACACACACACACACACACACACACACCACUAUGAGUAUAGAAAACAGUUCCUCAACUUUGCCUUCCUCCAGGCAGAGAUUUCUCAAGAUACAAUAAAUGAGUCCAGAGGAUUGAGGAUCCAAGUCUUGUCUACAUCAGGAUUCAGAGCUGCUUUCAACUGAGAUAGUAACAUGAAUUGUUGUCAAAGUCAUAGUGUAUGGUCAUAACAUGUUUGCAUUGCUUGUCCCUCCUUAGCACUCCAUGCAAUGAUCCUUUUUUAGUGUAUAACUGCAGAAUGGUAGGUUUUAAUCAUGCUAUCACUAACAUCAAUAUUGUUAAUUAUUUAAGUAUAGGAUUACAUACUUCUCUCUUUAGGAAUAUAGAAAUGGACUAUAGUGGGAUCUACAAAUACAUCUGAAUAGCAGAUGCACAAUGGGAAAUAUUAGACUAUUGUGGUUUUUAUUAGUGCCGACUUAUAGGUGGUCUAUCAAUCUGCUUUGCAGGGUGGGCCUCAACUGCAACCUCAGAAAGCAUUCAAGCUUGUGGAUUUGAGGUUAUGAGCAAGGGUAUUUUAUUCUAUUAAGGGAAAACUGAAUGGAAGCAAGCGUAAACAUAGUUGAUAUUUUAGGGAAUUGUUUUAUUUUAAAGCUAAGUACAGUUAUUUUGUAUCACAGCAACAGAAAUAGAUAUAAAAACUUAGGGUUGAAAAUGCAUACAAAAAGGGUUAGGCCUCUAAUCUCAAAUAGCCAGACAUAUACCUAGUUUUAAAAUGUAAAUCUCUUUUGAUGAUUGUAUAUAGAACUAGAUCUUUGAAAUCCUAUGUGAUUUUUUACAUGGGCUUUAGAGAUUAGAAUGAAAUCUGAAGUAAUUAAAGUCCAGGCAAGGGAGCAAAAACAUUAGAGUUUCGUGCUAUGUAACUGCUUAGCCAGUAUUAGCUGGUAACUACUCUGCAGUGUCCCAGGUGAUGCUGCGUAGUUGUCAUUGUGCCCUUGGAGUGAACCCACUUCCUAGGAUUAGUCCUUUCAACUUUGCUGAAAGUUGUCCAUCCACUUAAAUCCGGGCCAGGAUGAAAUACUAUUUCCUAUAGCCCUGAUCUGUAAACCACAUUGCAAAUAUACGCCCAGUGGAUUUUUUUGUAUGUGUGUCAUUUUUCAAUAAUUCCCAAUUUACAUGGCUCUUUAUAGGUUUCACAAUGUGUUAUUUAAUCCUCAUAAGUACAUUAAGAAAUGUAAGUAAUAUUAUCGCAUUGAGGAUAGGAAGACUAAGAGGACUGGCCUCAGGCCACACAUAUGCAGCGUGGAAGAGCUGGGGCAUUCAAAUUCAAGUCAGUUCUUAUCACUACACUUUAUAUAAGUAUUUACAAGUCAUUGUCAAACUUUUCUUUAAAAAGCCUAGGGUAGUCAUUUACAACAAAUGAAAUAUAUAUCCAGGAAAGUCAACAAAUACAUUAGAAAGAAUAAGAAAAGAAUUUGUCCUUCUUAAAAUGUAUUUUUUAUUUCUCCCUACUGCACCUGAGUUGUCAGGGAGGCUCAUUUAGAAAGUGACAUUAAUACAAAUUGGAAAUAGUUGAGGCCCUGGUAGUGAAACGGUUAUGUGUUGGGCUGCGAUCGCCAAGCUCACCAGUUAGAAACCAUAAGCCUCUCCUACAGUCUCACAGGACUGUUCUUCCCUGUCCUAUGGGGUCACUAUGAGUCAGAAAUUAACAGUGAGUUUGUGUUUGAUCUGGUGAAGAAGGAAACCUGGUGAUGCCCUGGGUGAGGCAUUGGGCUGUUGUUACCUGCAAGCUCAAGUUCAAAAGUUGCUGCUGUGCAAGAGGAUGAAAGAUUAGGCUGUCUGCUUCCAUAAGGAAUUCCAGUUGCUGGAGACACUAUAGUAGGUUACUCUGAGUUGGAAUCAGUUACUUUUGUUUUGUGUACCUGCAGAAGAGUGGUCCAAGUGGAGGCAAUAGCCAUGCAAGGACCUUAAGAUGGAAGCAUGCUAACCCUCUCGAUGUGGAAGGAGGACCAGUGUGCUGAAGCACAGGUGAGGUAUGAAGUCGGCUCACAGAGGACCUAUGAGCAAGUUAUGGGCAGGCUUCACUGGAAACAAACUAAGAUAGAAUUUGGUAUGUAGGCCAUUAUUUUUAGGUAGUUCCAUUGGAAUCAGGAUAGAUGGAAAGGAGACGAAGAAAGCAGAAAGCAGGCCAGCAAUAGAUUUCCCAACCACAGCCUCGGCCACCUACCACACGGGGGCGCUAGACCUAGAAUGGCCACCAGAGUACUGUAGUUCUAAAGUUGGGCCCGCGGGCUGUCUGUCCUAGGAAGACUCUGUGACCUUUAGUGAGGUUACUGUCUUGAGCUGAGACGAUUCCUGGAGGGGCUGACAGCUGUCGGCCAGCAGCCCUUCCAGUAGCAGGGUAAUCAGUCAUUCUGACGCGGAGCUGGGCAGCACAGCCACAGCUCUGAAGGCCAUUGAAAAAAAACCUGGGUUUUUAUUCUGGUGAAAUGGAGAGCCCCGGGAUAGUUUGAGCAGAGGAGUGAAAUGGUGUUAUGGCUGCAAGCACUACUCUGGCAGGGAUUUGAGAAUAGAAUCUAGGGGAAAGGUUAGGUAUAAGAGACUGCUGAAGAGGCUGGGUAGCAGCCAUCGAGGCGAGAGAAUUGGUAUCUGAUAGCAGGACAUUUUCACUGGAGGUGGUAAAUGCUCAGUUCUUGAUGUGUUUGGAAGGUAGGGGCAUCAGAUCAUCCACUUUCUAGAACAUGGGGUGAAAUGCAAAUGGAGAGAAAUGAAGGAACAGAGAAGAAUCAAGAAUGAGUCAGCGCUGACUGAGAAUGACCUCACAUGCGACAGAGAACAGUACACCAUAAGAUUUUAACAACUGUUUUUCUGGAAACUGAUAGCCAGAACGUUCCCCUGAUCUACCUACUGCUGAAUGAACUGGACCACCGCUGAGCAUGUGAACCAUGGGUGUCUCAUGAAUUUAGUUUAUCAAGUUUACUAAAGAAGCAAGAAAUAGAAAGAAUAAAAUAGGGCCUGAGCCCUGAGGCAUGACAUUAAGAGAUCAGAUAUAGAGGUAUUUAGAGGUGACUUUUUUUUUCCUUUUUUUUCUUUUUAAGGUUUAUCUUCCCACUGCUAAAGUUAUGUUAGUAUCUGUUGACUUUGAAAGAUCAUUGUUAAAUACGGCAAUGAUUUUUGAACUUGUCUGUAGAAUUCCAAAGUGCCUCAGGGCUGCCUUAGGCCUAGGUGUUUUAAGUAUAGCAACAGAGACCUUGCGAUAGAUUUUUUAAAAAAAGAAAAGUCUCCUCUUCUGAAAAAUGUUUAAAAAAUAACUACACAGUUAUUUUAGGUAGAAUAAAUAAAGUGUCCUUUCUGAGACCAAUCAAACCAUAUGGUUCUUUCAAGUUCUUUUUCAGGGUGUCAAUCUGUCAAGCACAAUGUUUAAUAUCCAUUGUUUUUGUUCUGUUUAUAGCAUUCAUUUGCAAGUUUUAACACCCACCCCACGCUCCAUGCCUCUCCGGCCUCACUUCAUUGUAUGUACGUGUCUCGUCUGUGUCAUUUUGCUGCUGCCAUCUCUCUGUAUUUUUUUUUCCGAUUUGAAGAGUAGGCUUCUUCUAUUUGACAAUUUUUCAAUGGCUAGGAAUUAAAUCUGUGAACUUCAAUCCAUGAGGGUUUUACCUGAAUUUCACCUUUCCCCUCAUUUUUAUCUGGCUUUUUGACAAGUUAGACUAGGUUCCUAAAAAUCAGAGUCCAGUUCUGGAUGUCGCUUUCUGGGCUUCCAAUAGAAUCUACCUAUCUAUUGCCAAAUCUUUUAGUAGAAGUUAGUCUAGAUUACGGUUGCUCCAGAGGAGACAUACUGAUGUAAUGAUAAGAGUGGUUAGUGUAUCCUAGACCCUAGCAGCUGAAUCAACUGUAUUAAAUUCUUCUGUUUUAGAGUUUACUGAUAUAUUAUUCUAUUUGUAUGAAUUGUAAGAUUCUACCAGUAUUUGAAAAAAAAAUGGCUUUUUAAAUUGCAUCUUUAUAUCUGUUCUUUUCUUUGGGGGGCUGGGCCACAUCCUAACAGAUUCAGUAGUCAAUAGUAUAAAUCCACUAUUGUGGAAGAUAGAAAGACAAACAUCGUAGAAUCUUUGAUGGCAGGUCCCAGGACCUUGUUGUUUGUCAUGGAUGCCUGAGCUUCAUAGACAGAGACCAAGUUUAACUUGUUUCCAACAUUGCUGUUUGAAUGUAAGCAGGUAAAUAAUUUCUGAAUAUCCUUUGGAAUAUCCAUGUGGGUUGGGCAGAAUUUUGAUCCAAGAAAAAAAUUGCAGAUAUGAAUGGAGGCAUUAGGGUCUAGAUAUAAAAGAAUGUGAAGCUUUCAGUAAAUCAGAAACAAAACUUUUGGAUGAAAAUAAAAUAUUAAUAUGUGA